GACGUCAGCAGCCUCCGCCCUCCGCCGCUUUGCUGCAUCACCAGCUGAGUGCCCAGGCCCCGAGCACCCCCAGCACUGCAUGCACUGCCCGCACCGGAGGAGACAUGGCCAAAUCCGAGCAGGUCCUCGUCCUGGAGCCCCAGCAUGAGCUCAAAUUCAAAGGUCCUUUCACAGAUGUCGUUACAACAAACCUGAAACUCAUGAACCCCACAGAGAAAAACAUCUGCUUCAAAGUGAAGACCACGGCCCCUCGUAGGUACUGUGUGAGGCCCAACAGCGGGGUCAUUGAAGGCGGCUCCUCCGUCAAUGUGUCUGUUAUGCUCCAACCUUUUGACUACGACCCCAAUGAGAAGAGCAAGCAUAAGUUUAUGGUGCAGUCCAUCUUUGCUCCAUCAGACAUUACCGAUAUGGAAGCUGUAUGGAAAGACGCAAAGCCGGACGACCUCAUGGACUCCAAACUCCGGUGUCUCUUCGAGCUACCCUCUGAGAAUGAAAAACCGCAUGAAGGGGAAGUAAACAAGUCUGUAUCUAGCAAUGUAACAAAGACAGAAUCCACUACCAUGUUCAAAUCCUUUAGCGCCACUUUGGACGACUCCGAGUACAAGAAGGUGUUAGACGAAAACAAAAGACUGCAGACUGAAAUCCAGAGGCUACGGGAGGAGACCAAACCGUUUAAGGAGGAAGAAGGUCCAAGGAUGAGAAAGAGCCCGAUCUCCAGUAACCUCGGGUCUACAUCCUCUAGCCUUGUAAAAGAGGAAGGCCUAAAUAACCGGAUACUCGCUAUAAUCGUCGUGUUCUUUAUCAUCGGUGUCAUUUUAGGGAAAGUGGUCUUGUAGACGGAGCAUGCUUUAACGAGAGGAGAAAAACAAAACACAAAAAUGUAAAAAAAAAAAAAUCAUACUGUUGAUGGUUUAGCAAGAAAAUUAAAUUUAUUCAUAACGAGAGAAAAACAAAAACCGUACCACA